AUGGCUGAUUUGGAAGCUCUCGUCAAUGCCUUCACAGGACUUGGAGUUGAUGAGAAGUCAUUAAUAGAAAAUUUGGGAAAAUCACAUCCUGAACAUAGAACAUCAUUCAGAAAAAGAACUCCCCAUUUUUUCAUAGAGGAUGAACGAUCUUUUGAACGUUGGAAUGAUCACCGUGUCAAACUUCUUAAGCAUGAAUUCAUGCGAUUUAAGAAUACUUUGGUGCUUUGGGCUAUGCAUCCUUGGGAAAGAGAUGCUCGUUUGGUGAAGGAAGCAUUGAAGAAGGGUCCACAAUCUUAUGGUGUGAUUGUAGAGAUUGCUUGUACCAGAUCAUCAGAAGAGCUGUUGGGAGCAAGGAAAGCCUAUCAUUCCCUCUUUGAUCACUCCAUUGAAGAAGAUGUUGCCACCCACAUCCAUGGCAGUGAGCGCAAGCUUUUGGUAGCACUUGUAAGUGCCUAUAGGUACGAAGGGCCAAAGGUUAAGGAAGACGCUGCAAAAUCUGAAGCUAAAAUACUUGCUAAUGCUAUUAAGAAUGGUGACAAGAAGAACCCAAUUGAGGAUGAAGAGGUGGUCAGAAUACUAGCAACAAGAAGCAAGCCUCAUCUCAAAGCAGUGUACAAACACUACAAGGAGGUUUCUGGAAAAAAUAUUCAUGAGGAUCUUGAUGCUUCUGACUUGAUCUUGAAAGAGACAGUUGAAUGCUUAUGCACCCCUCAUGCGUAUUUCAGCAAGGUUUUGGAUGAGGCAAUGAGCAGUGAUGCACACAAGAACACCAAAAAGGGUCUGACUCGAGUAAUCGUAACCCGAGCAGAUGUGGAUAUGAAGGAGAUCAAAGAAGAAUACAAUAACUUGUUUGGAGUCUCUCUAUCCAAGAAAAUUGAAGAUAAAGCAAAUGGGAACUAUAAGGAUUUCUUGCUUACCCUGAUAACAAGAGACAAUUGA